GUCCCCACUACCACAGCCACAGCCAGAGAGGGCACAACCAUCAUCGCUACCACGACAAGGACCUCUCCACCUGAGACAAAAGGCACAACCAGCACCAUCCCAACAACAACAGCCAUACCCACUCCAGCCACCAGCACUGCCAGCACCUCCAGGAUCACCGAGGGAAGCACUGCAACAGCCUCAGCCACCUCUGCUCCAGGUGAAACCUCCAUUGCAGUAACCAGAGCUGCAUCAUCUCCCACUGUAAUUUCUGAAAUUAUAAUCGGAACCACUACUGGAAUGACAGCUGUUCCCACUACCACAGCCACAGCCAGAGAGGGCACGACCAUCAUCGUUACCACCACAAGCACCUCUCCCCCUCAGACUGAAGGAACAACCACCGCCACCGAACCAACAACAGCCAUGCCCACUCCAGCCACCAGCACUGCCAGCACCUCCAGGAUCACUGAGGGAAGCACGACGAGAGGCACAGGCACCUCURUUCCUGGAGAAACUUCCACUGCAGGAACCCAGGCUUCAACAUCUGCAACGACAACUUCUGAAGGUAAAAUAAGAACCACCUUUGGCACCACAGCUGUCCCCAGUACCUCGGCCCCUGGCACAGAAGGCACAACUAUCGUCGGUACCACCACCACCAGCACCUAUCCCACUCAGACUGAAGGCACAACUGCCAUCGCCCCACCAACAACAGCUGUGCCCACACCAGCCACCAGCACUGCCAGCACCUCCAAAACCAGUGCAGGAAGCACCACAAYACCCUCAGCCACCUCUGCUCCAAGAGAAAUCACCACUGUUGCAACCCAGACUCCAACACCAUCAAGUUUUGUCUCCACUUCACCUGAAAUAAAAUUAAAAACCACGUCCAUGGCUGUCCUCACUACUACCCUUCCUCCAUCUAGAAGUACCAUAGGUGUUACAGGAACUCUUACAACAUACUUUUCUCCUACUGUAGAAAGUACUACCACUGUUUUCUCUGGCACCUCUGUCAGCCCAGUAACUUCAACUGGUACAUCAAGUCAUGUUACAACAAGCACUCCUACAACCUUCAGUUCUUCCACCAGCCCAUCUGUUACAUCCAGCAAAAUAACUCCAUGCUUUUGUCAUGUAUUUGACACUUUAUUUUCUCCUGGGGAAGUGGUGUACAACAGAACAGAUAGAGCUGGCUGUAAUUUUUAUGCACUUUGCAGCAAGGAAUGUGAGAUUGAGCCAUUCCAUGGGCCAUGUCCUUUGACAACUCCUGUCCCUUCAACUACACCACAAGCUACUUCACCAACCACAGCAACAACCCUCACAACUUCAGUAGAAAGAAACUGUACUGAUGUCAAUCCUUCACGAAAGCCUGGAGAGGAGUGGAUAAGUGAUUGCCAAAAGUGUGUCUGUGACUCCCUCACUGCUACUGUGCAAUGCCAGCCGCUCCCAUGCCAGACACCUCAGCAAACAACUUGUGACCUAGGAUUCGUUUCCAUGGCUGUACUACCACAGAAAGACCCAUGUUGUCCUGAAUUUGAAUGCCAACCAAUACCUGAUGUCUGUGUGAUUAACGGAACAUUGUAUACGGUUGGAAAGUCAGUAGUAAUCGAUUCAUGUAAGAAGUGUACCUGCAGUUCCGAGAAAGAUCCAGAGACCAAUGCAAACAUUAUGCAGUGUGAAACUGUUCAGUGUGAGACAUCUUGCCCACUGGGUUACCAAUACAUGAUCGAGGAAGGAGAGUGCUGUGGCAAGUGUAUUGAAGUAGCUUGCAAAGUCAAACUCAGUAACAACACUGUUCAAGUGCUCAAUGUUAAUGAGAUCCUGCCACUCGAUCAGUGCAGUCAUUACAAAUGUGAAAAAAUUGAAGAUCAGUUUGUUGCAGUCCAAACGAAAAAAGUAUGCCCUGAGUACGAGCCUGGGGAGUGCGAUCCUGAUGAAACAGAGACUACUCCUGAUGGCUGCUGCAAAAUAUGUAAACCUACAAAGUGCAAGCCUUACAGCAAGAAAACUGUGAUCCGCCAUGCUGACUGUGAGUCCUCUGAACCUGUUGAACUGUCAUAUUGUGAAGGAACUUGUCCUGGCUCCUCAGUGUACUCUCUUGAAGCAAACCAGAUGGAACACAACUGUGGUUGCUGCCAGGAACUCAGCACCGAAACAAGAGAAGUGACCCUGAGCUGCCGAAACGGAACCAGCAUAAAUUACAGCUAUCUCUACGUGGAAAACUGCCAGUGUGUGAAUGCUUGCUCUGCACAAGACUCUGCAGCACAAGACUCCCAAAUCCAACAAUUUGUAAAAUACAGCUCCCCAUUGCAACAGGCUGUAUCACUUGGUUCCCAAUGGCAACUCAGCUGAAGAUAUGAUCACUGGGAAAGUAAGCAGGGAUCCUAGGGAAGCKGGAAUCUUGUGUUCCCCAGAAUAAUCUGUGCUCCUUCUUUAAGAUUUUUUUUUCAUUUCUUACUUAU